GACACUUCUCCCAUUCAAUUUUACGAAAAUCUCCGCGAUCACUUCUGAACACGCAAAGGUACCAUUCGGAAAUUUGAACCACGACCCGCAUCUCCACCCGGACGAGUUCUUCCUCCUCCUGCCCUGCCUAAAUUCAUCCGCAGAAAACAAGGAAAUUUCUAAAGCCAAAUUAUAAGGCAAAGUGUAUCAAUCUUUUUCUUUCUUUCUUUCUUUUUUUGUAAAAAUGUUCGGUAAAUUAUUCCAAAAGACCAGCCCUCGUCCACCGCCUCAGCAAAGUGAAGUGCAAGAAAGCCCUAUAUCCUCGGAUGUGGCACCCCUUGUUGUAGUUCAUUAUGGUAUCCCAUCUACUGCUUCAGUCCUGGCUUUUGACUCCGUUCAGCAACUACUAGCUGUUGGAACCUUGGAUGGAAGGAUUAAAGUGGUUGGUGGUGACAGCAUUGAAGGCCUUCUUAUGUCUCCUAAGCCGAUACCUUUUAAGAACUUGGAGUUUCUUCAAAAUCAAGGCUAUCUUGUGAGUGUCUCCAAUGAAAAUGAAGUUCAGGUUUGGGAUCUAGAAAGCAGGAGUAUCUCUACAAGUUUACAAUGGGAAUCCAAUAUAACUGCCUUCUCUGUUAUUUAUGGCACUCAAUUCAUGUAUAUAGGGGACGAAUAUGGAUUUUUGUCUGUGCUGAAGUAUGAUGCUGAGGAACAAACCAUUCUUCAAUUACCCUACCAUAUUCCUGCUAAUCUUGUAGCUGAAGCAGCAGAGAUUUCCUUGCCAUUCAACCAAUCGAUAGUGGGUGUGCUACCUCAGCCUUCAUCAUUUGGAAAUAGGCUUGUUCUUGCAUAUGAGGAUGGGUUGAUAGUUCUCUGGGAUGUUACUGAAGAUAGAGCUGUUCUUGUUAGAGGAAAUAAGGAUCUCCAACUAAAAGAUGAAAUACUGGCUGAAUCUUCGAGUGAUGGGAGCCAUGAGCCCUUGGAUAAUUUAGUAGACCAUGAAAAGGAAAUAAGCUCUCUUUGUUGGGUGUCUGCUGAUGGUUCAUUGCUAGCUGUUGGCUAUGUGGAUGGAGACAUUUUCCUGUGGAAUCUGUCUGCUUCUGAUCAUAUUAAAGGUCACGGAGCUCAAAAGUCAUCUGAUAAAGUGGUUAAGAUACAAUUGUCAUCUGCAGAAAGAAGGCUUCCUGUCAUUGUUCUGCACUGGUCUGCUAACAAGAAACGAAAUGGUUUUGGAGGUCAGCUUUUUGUUUAUGGCGGUGAAGAAAUUGGAUCUGAAGAAGUCUUGACGAUUCUCGAUCUUGACUGGUCAUCUGGGAUAGCAAAGUUAACAUGCGUCAACCGUGUUGAUCUUCCCCUUAAUGGGUCUUUCUCGGAUAUGAUUGUCAUUGCAAGAUCUCAUGAAAUGGAGAAAACUGACAGUGCUUCACUGCUGGUUCUGACCAACCCAGGUCAACUCCAUUUUUAUGAUAACUCUUGUUUGUCCACGCUGAGGUUCGAGCCAGAUAAGAAGCAUUCAGUCCUUGCUGUAGAAUAUCCUGCAACUAUACCUACAAUUGAACCAAUAAUGACUGUGGGAAAACUAUAUUCAGUGGUUGCAAAGGCCAAUUCUUCCAGGGUUCUUGCAGAGACGGUUUCAGCUGCAAAACUUGAAGUUGAGCAGACUAUGACAAGAGGGAGUAGCAGAUGGCCUUUGACUGGUGGUGUUCCUGGUGAACUGUCUAUAGCUGAAGAUGGUGGAAUGGAAAGAAUAUAUGUAGCAGGCUAUCAAGACGGAAGUGUUCGAGUAUGGGAUUCGACAUUUCCUGUUCUAUCACUCAGGCUUGUUUUUCUACUCCAGGUGGAGGGUAUUGAUGUUGCUGGUGCAAGUGCAUCAAUCUCUACUUUAGAUUUUUCUCCCACUUCUUUGUCUUUGGCUAUUGGCAAUGAAUAUGGUCUUGUUUGGUUGUAUGGUCUAGAUGGAACUAAAGAUAAAUCUGGAAUUCACUUGGUUACACAGACAGAACGGCAAGUGUUCCAGCAAAAGUAGGAGCAUACUGCUUGAGGUCAUUGGUGGCUUUAGAAGGCCGUAGGUGCCAGAACAGUAUUUAGAGUCAAAAUAUGCCUUUUUUUUGUGGACUUACCCUAGUCUCUGAAUUUAUCAUGUUUGUUUAGUACUAAGAAUUGAACAUGCAAUCUGAUGAGACAAAUUUUGAUUAUUUGGAUUUUAUCUUUUUUCACUUGGGUGUUUUUGAUCGUUAGUCAACCAGAAUUAUUGUUGAUUUGUCUCUUCAUGAUAUGGCUCUGGGUUUUGUUUGA